AAAGCAUUCACUAUUGAAUGUGUGAUUUUAUAUAUUCAUUUUAUUAAACUGAAUACCAACUUGUGUUAAAAUAGGUCAAGUCAUUCUUAGUAAUGCCACAAACUAUGAGUUUCCACCCGACAUCAUUUUAAGAAAACUACCAAAGCAAUUAGAAGGAAUGAGCAACUGGUUACCUACUGACUGGAGUAUUCAACAAGAAAACUGUUUAUAUACAUGGCUUAAAGAACUCUCUGACCGUAUGACAUUGAUCCUCACGGACAGUACAACACAUGAUGAUGAUUUUCAAUCGUCUCGAGUAGACGUCAAACGACAAAAGACAAUAGAUAUAGAAGAUAAUGAUAAGAAAGAGAGUCGUAAACAGUUUAUGUUGGCUUGGUUAUCCAAGUUCCCAGAUCAUAUUAUAGAAUACGACGCACAAGAUUAUUUUACAUUUUCCUUGUAUUUAACAUUUCAAAUACCUCAAGACACAUGGAGCCAAGUGCGUAAAAGGAAACAAGAGGAUUUACAAAAUUAUCGAGUAGGUAAAGAAGAAAAGGUAGCAAAAGCCAAGUCUGUUGCACCUGUGAUUAUCAAAUGUAAGUUCAACACAAAGAAAAGGGAACAUUUGUUUACAUUGAUAAAGUCAAAAUGCAUGAAUUAUUUCCAAAGGGCAAUCUACACAUUCGACUCAUCUCUGUCAUGAAUACGACAAGGCUUGGCUCGUCUAUGCCUGAGAGUCGAUUGUUCAAGUAUCCAAUUGAUCAAAGAUUAGUCAAUGACCCUACUUGCCUAUUAUCUUUAUUGGCUGAAAGUGCUGUAAAGUUUCAUCUCUGUCAAUAAACGGAGUUCAUAUUUAUACCAACUUUUAUGCAUU